CUUAUCUAUUCUUUGCCCGCAGGCUGAUCUUUUAAUAGAAGGCACUGUCCCGAUAGACACUUCUCAAUAAAGAAGCAGAUAAGAAUAAAUCACAAAACCACAAAAUAGAAAUCAAGUUGAUUUCUAUUUUGUGACAAAACUAUGGAGUCACAAAACACAAAUACAGAAAUAAAAUAGCAAUGUAAAUAUUUUUUUGUAAAGAUUUAAAUAAUAAAACAAAUUCAAGAUGAGUAUUCGAAAUCCAACUACUUUAAUGACUAUCCCUACAGAAGAGUCUUUCGAUUUUUUAUUUAAGAUUGUGUUGAUUGGUGAUUGUGGCACGGGAAAAACGUGCGUCGUACAAAGGUUUAAAAAUGGUACUUUCAUAGAAAAGCACGGGAAUACUAUUGGGGUGGAUUUUUCCAUGAAGACUGUUAUGGUAGAUGGUAAAAAAGUUAAGCUUCAGAUUUGGGAUACAGCUGGUCAGGAACGCUUUCGAACAAUUACUCAGAGCUAUUACAGGUCAGCAAACGGUGUUAUCAUUGUGUAUGAUAUUAGUAAAAGAUCCUCAUUUCUUUCAGUUGCCAGAUGGGUUGAAGAGGUACGUAGAUAUUCUGGAAAUGCUGUGUUAUUAGCUUUAGUAGGUAACAAAGCAGACCUGGAAAGCUGCAGAGAAGUUGAAUUUGAGGAAGCAGAAGCCCUAAGUCAGUACAUGCCAGAAGUAUUGUUUGUUUUAGAGGCCAGUGCAAAAGAUAAUUCAAAUAUUGAAGAGGCAUUUAUGUGUCUGGCAACUGAAUUAAAGAGAAGACAUGACAAUGGCAUGUUGGAUCAGGAUGAUGAAGAUACUGUGAGAUUGGGUGCAAGCUCGUCAGUUUCAAAAUGUAGUAAUUGCAGAAAUUUAUUUUAAGGAAGAAAUCUCACAUAUCAACCAGUGCCUUAUAAAUGAUAGGUAAGCUUUAAUUUGUAUUGAAAAUAUAGCUGAACAUUAUUGGUUAAAAAAUACUGUCUUGCCUAAUGUUUUUAACUAAUUAUGAAAAGUCUACAUUUUUCAAAUACACUUUUAUUUAUUAGAUAUUUAUUUUAAGGUAUUAUUGUUUGUAUAUUUGCUUUUUAUAAUAGUACAAAAAUUAUUCAAUAGCUUUUGAAGAAUUAAAUGAUCUUGAAAGAUAUAGAAAACUAAAACAAAUUCUUUGUUUACUUUAUAUAAUAUAGUAGCGUUUAUCAUUGAUAUUAUAUUAGUGCUUCUCUUUAGAAUGUAAUUUUAUAACUAUAUAUUAGUCUUUACCAAAGUUAAUAGCAGUUUUAUGCAUUUUAAUUUCUCUUUAGGAAACAUUGCUAAGUGACGAUCGUUGAUAAUGAUUAAAACAUUUUAUUAAUAUAAACAGUCUCUUACUAUUAUCAUAAUUUAUUUUUUUAAUUUGGAGCAAUAUAUUUCGAAUAAUACUUAAUAUGUAGGUAUAUAAAUUAUCCUAGAAUUUUAUUUAACUGCCAUACAUUUUAAAAAUUAGUUAAAUUUGUAUAUAUUCUGGGACUGUACUACUUGUAUUUGAAGUUUUGGGAAGGGAAAAUAUUUAUUGCAUGGAUAAAAGUGUGCAAGAAGAAUACUGAUAAAUAAUUAAUAGACUUGUUUAUAUACAUCUACAAGGCUCAUAGUGACGCAAAAUAAUACUCAACUAUGUAUAUAUAUAUUAAUGUAUUUCUUUUAAAUAAUAAAUUAAUGUUCUCCGUCCCCUAACAUUAUUUUAUAUGAAAUUUUAUCAAUUUUUGUAUUGUUACUACAUCUAAAAUAGUAUUUACAUCAAAUCCUCAAUAUAUUUACAAUAUGGAUUGCUAAUGUACUAAUGCCAAAUAUAAAGUUUAAAAAAAUAUAUACAAACAUUUGAGCAAAUAAAUUAUAAACAUUAAUCAAAUUUAAUUUAUUAAUUAUUAAUAAAUAUAGUGUGUCCUGUUUUAUCAAUAUAUAGUACAUUUGGUACACACAAUAUAAUACAUAUUUUCGUCUCACCAAGCUGUUGAUCGGGAAUAAAUCUGUAUAUUUACCUUCAAAAUAAUUGUUUUAUUUCAAUACUAUAAUAGAAUGGCUAAUUAUUAAGUUAUUCUAUACUAAAAACUCAAAAAGUCCCCAUCUUGAUAUUCACAAGUUUUGACUUAGUUUAGAUCACAUCUGUUUCAAUUUGUUUCUUACUAGUUACCUACUUAGAGAUGAGCAACAAAUCGCAAACUGCGAUUCAAUCGCAGCGAUUUUAAAAUCGCAAUCGCAACCUGCGAUUGGCUCUCAUAGGAAACUGCGACUGCGAUUUCUUCUAUUUGCGAGUUCGACCAAUAUUACUAUAGUUGGCGAUUUGCGAUUUUGCUACGAUUUGCAAUUUUGUUGCGAAUGUGAUUUUGUAAACUAGGACCGUGAUAACCUUCUAUCUGCGAGUGUGAGCUUUUAGUACUUGCGAUUUGCGAUUUUGUUGUAAAUGUAAUUUUGUGGUCCAUUGAAGCAUUUUAUAGUAAACUGUGAUUGAUUUUAU